AUGCAUCCAUUACGUGAAAGAAAAUGCGACGAACUACUGGAACACCCGCUUCUACGCACUCCACCACCCGAACCCGAGAAACCACGCAUACCACGCUUACAAAUGUCCAAGGCUAAAGUGGACGAUAGUCCUCCGGAACUGUUCCCAGAAUUGUAUCUGAAGCCUCGAAGACUGGACUUUUACGCUCGGCAACUGGAACAUACUAUGAAUGUCAAUAAAGAACUACUUAAGAAGAUUAAUCUUAUACAGCGAACUGGAGGUUUUGUGGACUGUUGGAGGCCUGAGCCUAGCAAUAAGUACAAUAAACUACUCUGCAAACAACGCCAGCGGGAUCUGAACAAAAUACAGUUGGCCAACUAUUAUUUCUACAGCAGGCUGCUCGUUGCUAGAUCCGAGCAAUUACUAACCAAAGAAUUGGAUAAGGCGUGGAAGGAUACAAGACGCAAAUUAAUAUUAGGAGCCUCGUUGCCCUUUAUUCUCUUCAAGACAGGAAAACUCGAUCGUGAUAUUAAAGAUCCAGCAUUCGAUAAACCUCUGAACGUUAUUCGACCGAAAGUAUCUAUGGAAAUUUGGGUUCGAGGGGGCUCGAAGAUUGGUAAGGUUUUAAUCGAGCUGUUCUCCGAUAUUGUGCCACAAACUUGUCAAUUCUUCUUGAACCUCGUCAAAGGAGAUUCGUCUGGACAUUCUUAUACUGGGACCAGAUUCUUUAGAAUUGUCCCUGACCUGUACUGCCGCGGCGGAGAUGUAACCAAAGACAACGGCUUCGGUGCAUAUACGCCGAACAUUGAAGGAGAAAACGCUGGCCAACCUGGUCUGUACUUCGAAAACUUCGAUUUGAACCAUACUGUACCAGGUGUACUAUCGAUGGUGAUAACCCCGGACGGUGAGGCCACCGGUCAAUUCAACAUUAUAUUUAAACCUCUGCCACAGUUCGAUAAAAGACACGUGGUCUUCGGUAGGAUUGUAGCAGGCCCUGCGCCUACACUUGAACGUAUCAGCGCGCUAGGGCUGCCUCUAGGCACAACCACCACGGAUUGCAUUAUACAGUCGUGUGGUUGGUACACUAAAUACGGUCGCUAUCGAGAGGGCAGCCCUAAUACCAUCAAGUUCCCGCCUAGACGUAAAUUGAAGAAAUGA